AUUUCUACUUUUUGUGAAAGUAAUGUUUGUACAAGAAUAACAAUUAUAUAUUUUAUGUUAAUAAAAAUCGUUUUAGCAGAGAAAAAUCGUGUUUAUGGUUCAGCUGUCAGUAGAAGGCGGCCAUUUUACGUCAGCUGAGAAGGUCGGUGACGACACACGACGAGUGAAAUAUCUUCGCAUAGCGUUGCAACUUCAGGGAAUGUGUCGCAAAGAACCUCACCUUCAAAGCUAUUUCCAAGUGCCAUACCGUAUGCUUGUCAUGGCGGCGAGGAGGACGAGCAAUAAAAAUGGCCGGAAGAUACAAGGGGCAGUGGGGAGGGAUAGUAAGGCCGAAUAGAAGGCAGCGGUCCACGCGUUCUCAGCAGCCUAUCCUAGAUUUAUUUCCGUGGAUGUUGCGCAAUAAUAUGCUGCGUUGUUAGCUCACUGAAUGCUACCCCUCGUUUGGUUUCGAAGAGGUGCCAAGGGCUAUUUAAAACGCGCUUCUUGCGUAGGUCGCCAUCUUUAUAAUAUAGAUGCAGGUGCACCAAACAAUGUACAAGCCUUGGACUUAUCGGAUAAUGUGAUAUCAUUAAUAAAUAAUUUUGAAUUAGAGAAUGCUGAACUGACGAAGUUACGAUAUCUUAAUCUUUCCAAGAAUGCAAUCAGUGAAAUUAGUUUGAAUGCUUUUGAUGGUCUUACAAGUUUAACAGUCUUAGACUUAUCGAAAAAUCGACUUCAUUAUAUUUUAGAUGAAAUUUUUGAAAAAAAUGAGAAUUUACGAAUUUUGAAAUUGUCAAAUAAUAAUUUCAAAUCACAUAUACCAAAAUUGAGAUCCUUUUCGUUAAUGGAAUUAAGUUUGGAUUCAUGUCAGAUCAGUCAUUUACCACUGGACACAUUCAAUGGACUCACACACAUUCGUCGUCUCGAUCUUUCAAACAAUUUGAUGAUUCAGAUGAGCAACACUAUUGUGCAAACAUUGCAUUUUUUGAAGAAAUUAUCAUUAGAAGGAAAUCCAUGGUCUUGCAACAAUGUUAUACAUGAUUUACAAGUAUAUCUCAAAUAUAAGAAUAUUGAAUUCAAUGAAAUUUGUGGUAAGAAAAAUAAUCCUCAGAAAUUUGAGAAAAUGAUCCUUCUUCCUGUAACAAGAUCGCGCAAUUAUCAUCAUUCGGCAAUUAUGAAUACAUCUACUAAAAAAAUUAAAUCGAUAACAAAAUAUAAUACACCAAGUAUAUUAAACAAUAAAAAUUUGUCGAUAUGCGAACAAAUGAUAAAUCAAACACAUAUUAUUAAUUCAACGAAUAAAUUUGUAUCAUAUUGGUUUCUCUGCCUUGGUUUUAUAGCUGGUAUUUCAAGUGGAUUAGUUAUUUCUUAUAUUUGGUUAUCAAGAAAACAUUCUCAUAAUCCAAGAUACUGGUAUCAUAGACAAUUUCACGACGAUUUAGUCUCUCAAAGAAUGUCUUUGUUAAAUUCGUUCUUACAAGGACGCAUGGAUAGUAACGGAAGCUUGAUAGAAUCUUGUCCAGGUACUCCUCCACCGCCAUAUCGGGAUGUUAUAUUACGACCUACUCUUUAUCGCUAUCCAUCAAUAGUUUCAAAUUUAAAUAAUAAUGAUACCGGAUAUAGAGAAAGAUAUACAUAAUUUCAUGAGGUAACUCAUUGUUAUGAGUGCAACAAAAUGUUGCAACGUAAUUUAUUAAGCGACGAAAUUCUAACUUUUGUAUAUGUUAUUUUUCAUGUAUUAUGAAUUUUAGAUCAAUAAUAUCAAUAACAAUAAUCAAAUUAACAGAUUAUAUAUAUAUCGAGAAAACAAUUUGGAUAAAAAUAAAUUUAAUAAAUUAA